AAUAGUCCUAUCUUGUCCACAUUCCUGAGAUACACAAAAAAUAUUUUAAAGAAAAAACACUUGUCAAUUUUCUGUCACUGAGUCAGUAUCGAUUGCGAGUAUCACGCGAGAGCAGUACUUUUGAGAGUGCUCGAUUGUGCGAAGCGUUGCUGUAGUUGGAACAUUCAACGUUGAGCAUUAUGCCGCAUAAUGCGCCGCGCUUUUGUAGGUCAUCCACAAUGUUUGCGACAUCUCACACCGAUGACUUCUUUGCAAUAAUGCGGAAGAGAAGUGCAGCCUUAUUGCAUCGAGUGCGUGACAGUGGCAACAGUCUUCUGAACAUCAUAUCGAGCAAGAUCGAGGGACUGCUGAUUAACAGCCUUUGCAGCAGGCAUGUAAUGAUAUAUAAUGUCUUCGGCCCACAACGUUGGCUGUCUGCUCACGUUACGACGUCCAGUACGAGGUCUCCACUCCAGUACUUCUGUGCCCCACCGACUGUCAGCGCGACGGUAUACAUAGCCGCCGCUUCGACCGUCUUAUGGCAGCCGCCUGGUAUGUAGAGACCUCACAAGUUGUCUCCACUUCAGCCUGUCAGACCCAGAGAUGUUUGGAGAAAAGCGACGAGCUUGCAUUAUGUAGUCGAGCUUCCAAAUAUCCACCUCACAGCUUACAAUGUGUUCAAUGCGAGUUUUUUAACGUUUUCGAUAGCGUAAAAGUUAACUCAAACUUGUAUGCAGUUAGAACAGAGCCCCUGACAGCGAGACUGAGAGCGACAACCGUUCCAACUGCAUACAAAUUUGAGUUAACUUUUACGCUAUCGAGAGCGUUAAAAAACUCGCACUAAGCACACAGAUCAUGUCAGCAGUUAGUAAUACAAUAGUGUGCGUAUACACAUUAUUAUCACCUAUGCGAGUGUUUUAGCUUCUCGAUGGCGUAAAAGCUCCCCAUUCCACAUUCCACAUUUAAUGUGGAUUUCAGCAAUGUCAGGGGCCUUCAUAGCAACCUUGACGCCGUACACCACCACCUUGAGACGGCGCAGCCUGCCCUGCUUUUUUUAACGGAGACGCAGAUAUCUGCUCCGGACGAUACCUCAUACCUUGAAUACCCCGGCUACGUAUUGGAGCACAACUUCCUACGUAAAGCCGGGGUGUGCGUAUUCGUCCGGGCGGAUGUCUGUUGUCGCCGUCUUCGGGGCCUCGAACAACGGGACCUGUCCCUCUUGUGGCUGCGCGUGGAUCACGGGGGCUGUAUCCGAAUCUACGCGUGCCUGUACAGGUCCCACAGCAGUGAUGCAGGUUCAGCUCUGUUUGAGCAUGUGCAAGAGGGGACUAACCGCGUGCUUGAGCAGUACCCAUCUGCGGAGGUAGUGGUUCUUGGAGACUUUAACGCUCACCACCAAGAAUGGUUGGGGUCCAGAACCACUGACCUCCCGGGUCGGACUGCCUACGAUUUCGCCUUGGCCUACGGCUUCUCCCAGCUGGUGACACAGCCCACCCGUGUCCCAGAUAUCGAGGGGCACGAACCUUCUUUGUUGGACCUUCUGCUGACCACGGAUCCGGCCGGAUACAGUGUGGUGGUCGACGCUCCGCUUGGAUCGUCUGAUCACUGCCUUAUUCGUGCUGCCGUACCACUCUCUCGUCCUGGUCGUCGAACGACAACCGGGUAUCGUAGAGUUUGGCGGUAUAUGUCAGCAGAUUGGGAUGGAUUGCGUGAAUUUUACGCAUCCUACCCAUGGGGGCGGUUCUGCUUUUCCUCUGCUGAUCCUGACGUCUGUGCGGACCGUCUUAAAGACGUGGUGCUCCGGGGGAUGGAAUUGUUUAUUCCCUCCUCUGAAGUGCCCGUUGGGGGUCGCAGCAGACCCUGGUAUAACAAUGCCAGUAGGGAUGCUGCACACCUCAAGCGGUCCGCAUACGUGGCAUGGGAUAAUGCCAGGAGACGUCGGGAUCCUAACAUCUCAGGGGAAAGGCGGAAAUAUAACGCCGCUUCCAGGUCCUACAAGAAGGUAAUUGCCAAGGCGAAGGCGGAGCACGUUGCUAGAGUUGGCGAGCGAUUAAAGAGCUAUCCCUCCGGGAGCCGUGCUUUUUGGUCGCUCGCCAAAGCUGCAGAAGGAAACUUUUGUAGGUCUAGUCUCCCACCACUGCGCAAGUCCGAUGACACUCUGGCCCACAGCGCGAAAGAGAAGGCUGACCUUCUGGUCAAACUCUUCGCCUCGAACUCGACUGUGGACGACGGGGGUGCCACACCACCGAACAUCCCCCGGUGUGAUAGCUCCCUGCCGGAUAUCUGCUUCACACAGUGUGCAGUUAGGCGGGAGCUCCGACUCCUGGACGUCCAUAAGUCGAGUGGGCCAGACGGCAUCCCCGCAGUGGUUCUGAAAACGUGCGCCCCUGAGCUGACACCUGCGCUAACGCGUUUGUAUCGCCUCUCUUAUUGCGCUAACAGGGUUCCGUCUUCAUGGAAGACCGCCCACGUCCACCCUAUCCCCAAGAAGGGUGACCGGUCGGACCCGUCGAGCUAUAGGCCUAUCGCGAUAACUUCCUUGCUUUCCAAGGUGAUGGAGCGAAUAAUAAAUACACAACUCCUGAAGUAUCUUGAGGAUCGCCAGCUGAUCAGUGACCGACAGUACGGUUUCCGUCACGGUCGCUCAGCUGGCGAUCUUCUUGUAUACCUUACUCACAGGUGGGCUGAAACCUUGGAGAGCAAGGGCGAGGCUCUUGCUGUGAGCCUUGAUAUCGCGAAGGCCUUCGACAGGGUCUGGCAUAGGGCACUUCUAUCGAAGCUACCAUCUUACGGAAUCCCCGAGGGACUCUGCAAGUGGAUCGCUAGCUUUUUGGAUGGGCGGAGCAUCACGGUCGUUGUAGACGGUGACUGCUCUGAUACCAUGACCAUUAACGCUGGCGUUCCACAAGGUUCGGUGCUCUCCCCCACGCUUUUCAUCCUGUAUAUCAAUGACAUGCUGUCUAUUGAUGGCAUGCAUUGCUAUGCGGAUGACAGCACGGGGGAUGCGCGAUAUAUCGGCCAUCAGAGUCUCUCUCGGAGCGCGGUGCAAGAGAGACGAUCAAAACUUGUGUCUGAAGUGGAGAACUCUCUGGGGCGAGUCUCCGAAUGGGGUGAAUUGAACUUGGUUCAAUUCAACCCGAUAAAGACACAAGUUUGAGCGUUCACUGCGAAGAAGGACCCUUUUGUCAUGGCGCCGCAAUUCCAAGGAGUAUCCCUGCAACCUUCCGAGAGUAUCGGGAUACUUGGGGUCGACAUUUCGAGCGAUGUCCAGUUUCGGAGUCAUUUGGAAGGCAAAGCCAAGUUGGCGUCCAAAAUGCUGGGAGUCCUCAACAGAGCAAAGCGGUACUUCACGCCUGGACAAAGACUUUUGCUUUAUAAAGCACAAGUCCGGCCUCGCGUGGAGUACUGCUCCCAUCUUUGGGCCGGGGCUCCCAAAUACCAGCUUCUUCCAUUUGACUCCAUACAGAAGAGGGCCGUUCGGAUUGUCGAUAAUCCCAUUCUCACGGAUCGUUUGGAGCCUCUGGGUCUGCGGAGGGACUUCGGUUCCCUCUGUAUUCUGUACCGUA